AUGGCCAAAGGGAGAUGCUUCAACCCACCUGUAGACAAGGAUGGAAGAUGGUUCCCUCACAUUGGACUAAUGCAAAAGACACCAGAAUCCAUCACACGUACCAUGUUAAAAGAGUCCAGUAGUCCACGUUUAUCUCGGCAAGUGGAGGAGAAGCUACCGCUGCUCUACAAAGUGCGGGAGAAGCAAGCAGGAAAUAACAACUUCCCCUUCUCUGUACACGACAAUCGUCACAGCUUUCAGAACUCUGGACUCUACCUCGACUCUGGCCUGGGACGUAAGAAGAUCUCCCCAGAAAAAAGGCAACACAUUUCAAGAAAUUUCAAUCUUUGGGCAUGUGACUAUGUUCCAUCUUGUCUCGAUGGCUUUUCAAAUAACCAAAUAUCAUAUGUCUGUCAGGAAGCCGUGGUGGUCCCAAUUUUCAGACGCUUUCCAAGACAUUAUAAUGAGUUAUGGAACACUUUUAAAUUUAUUCCCCAGCAAAGCUAUACAGAGUAUUUGAAAAAGAAUCCAAAAGUAAGGUUCAUGAUUAACAAAAAGGCUGGUUCUCCACUGGAGCCCUAA